GGCUUCGUAAAGUUAGGUCGUGAAACUCAAAUCCGUUUAAAUUCCCAUCGUGUUGUCGGGUGGCUCUUUUCUCCGUGAUUUUCCCACCGAGAAAUGUCUCAAAAUCAGAAAUCCACGAGUCGCGGCUACUGCGAGGCUAUCUUCUCGACCUCGCCGAGGAGCACCGCCAAGCAGGACAUCGUCCCCGCGAUAAAAACAAGGAAGAAUUUGUAUCCUCCCUUGUCCAAUGAACCAGCCAAAGCGGUUUUAACAAAGAGUCAGAGUACAAGCAAGUUGACGCAAUGUCCUCUGCAAAAGGUAUCGUCGAAACUCGAGAUAGCAGAGAUCUUGGGAUCUCCGAACAAGUUGUCCGACGCAGAACCGUGUCCAAAAUCUACAAACCCACAGCAGGAAAACACAGUCUCCAACGUCACGUCCAAUGACAGAAAUCUAAAGACUCCGGUCAAGAGAAGAUUUGCUGGUGGAUUGUCCAGCGAUAAGACGUCUGCCAUACAGUUUUACACGCCCAAGCAUACAAGAGUGACAAAUACGCCCAGUGCUGAUGCCAAGUUCAAUAUUUUACCCAAUGCGAGAACGCCUGUGAAACGUUACUUCAGCGAUCAUGCUCUGUCGCAGAGCACCCCGGACUGUUUUAACGCAGUCCACUUGGAAACUCCAUCCCACAAAAUUGACGACGUAGUGAUAGGGGAACAGACAAUGUACGAGGGUGAAAGCAGCAAUCUUACAGUUGGAAUACGUAUUAGACCCUUGACUGGCAAGGAAUCAAACGAUCCAAAGGUCACAACAGUCGUGCAGGGAAACGGUCAGAACGUUAUCGUGGAAUGCGAAUCUGCGCAUCACACUUUCAUGUACGAUCAUUGCUUUGUUUCGCACGAUGAUCCGCUUACGCCUGGUCACGCCAGUCAAGAGGUUGUCUUUCGCAAUAUGGUGUUACCUUUGGUGCAAAAUGCUUUCGAGGGUUACAACGUCUGCUUGUUCGCGUACGGACAAACGGGAUCUGGAAAAAGUUACAGUUUAAUGGGCACAGAAUCCGCGCAGUUAAGCGCGACGCCAUUCGACGAAAGAGUCGGUAUCAUCCCAAGAUUUUGCCAGGAAAUAUUUACACGAGCACGUGACAAUCCACAGGUCGAGACCACCGUAGAAAUCAGCUACUUCGAGAUAUAUAAUGAAAAGAUACACGAUCUCUUAGCAAAUACAAAUAAUGCAUCGAAGAAAGCUCCCCUUAAAGUAAGGGAGCAUCCUGCCUUCGGCCCCUAUGUCGUCGAUUUGAGCCAGCAUUGUGUGCAAAAUUACAAAGACCUACAGACUUGGCUUAAAGUGGGAAACUCGCAGAGAGCCACAGCCGCGACUGGUAUGAACGAGAAGAGCUCACGAUCUCACAGCAUUUUCAGUAUUAUACUAACUCAAGCGCAUGCGGAUAAUGAGUUGGAUUGCAAGCCACUCGAUGCUAAUCGUCGCAGCAAAAUUAACUUGGUUGACUUAGCUGGUAGCGAGAGAUUGAGCCAAACUUCUGCAACUGGUGACAGAUUAAGAGAAGGUGUGUCUAUUAACAAAUCUUUACUUACCUUGGGGAAGGUAAUUUCAUCACUUACGGAGAACACAAACAAUCGUAAACAGGGUUUUGUGCCGUACCGUGAAUCAGUGUUGACAUGGCUGUUAAAGGAGAGCCUAGGGGGAAAUUCACGAACGGCGAUGUUGGGAACGGUGUCACCGGCCAAUAUCCACGUGGAGGAGACCUUGGCGACCCUUCGGUAUGCGUGCCAGGCUCGGGCUAUAGUCAAUCGAAUCCGCAUCAACGAAGACCCGCACGACCGGCUGAUUCGCGAAUUAAAGGCCGAAGUACUACGUCUACGCGGAGUGCGCAAGGGAUACGAGAAGCAGUUUGGAGUUGUGCCUUAUCAGUUGCUCGAUCGCAUCAAGUCUUAUGCAUGGAGUCCAUCCCACCAGUUCGAUAAGGAAGUUGUGCAAAAGCAAAAGGAAAUUGACAAACUGAAAAAUCAGUUGAAAAAAACGGAAGAGCAGUUGGCUGUUACUCAGAUGAGUCCGCACGAAAAGUUCCAAAGAGCCGAAGAGAGGAAAAGUUCGGAGCUCAAAUAUUUGCGCCGUUGCGGAAUCGCCAUCGAGAUUGAUUUCCAGGAGCGAGAUAAGCAGCCUUGUCUCGUAAAUCUUGCGGCCGAUCCUCUGUUAUCCGGUACACUUUUGUAUCUUAUACCUCCAGGUUUGGUUCGUAUCGGGAAGAAUAGCGGAUCCGAAACCGAUAAUCUGGAUAUCAUGUUGGACGGACCUCUUGUUAGGGCACUGCACUGCUCUAUUGAAAACAACGAGGGAAAAUUAAGCUUGACGCCCGAGAUGGGUGGAGACACAUAUGUUAACGGACAGAUGGUAACUGGGAAAGUUAUGCUCAGACACGGCGAUCGCUUAGUCAUCGGCGGUAAUCACUAUUUUAAAGUCCUAAAUCCGUACGACGAAUCCUGCAAUGUCAAGCUUUCCACACAAGCGAUAGAUUUUGAAUUUGCGCAUCAGGAAAUUCUUCGAAUACAGGAAGAAAAAUUAAGAGCAGAACUGGAGGAAUCGAAACAGAAAGCGAUAAAGGAACUCGAAAAUGCCAAGCGCGAGGUAGAAUUGCAACUUGGUUCGCAAAAAUCGAAAUACGAGCAGAAGAUCAAAUUUCUUGAUACCACUCUGAAAGAACAACAGCACACCCUCGAACAAAUUGAUCACAGAAAAAAGGAACUGGAAUUGGAAAGGGAGUUGCUCAGCAAGGAGGUGGAAAUCAAUAAUAAGAUUAAGAAAAUGCAGCUGGAGCAAAGUCACGCGAGACUAACGCCGUACAAAUCAAACUUCCUGCAAGAACUCGAGAGUAUUUUGAACGAGAAAGCUGCGGACAUUGAGAACGCGUUAAAGACGAAACUUAAUGGGGAAACGAUAACCGCCGGUGGUAUCAGUCUACACGAAAUGCAAAUACUCGUUAAGGAAGCGACUCAGCGAUGUAAAGAAGCUGGAUUUGAUUUUGAAUUUGACCAACAACAAACAGUAGUGGAAAAUAAUUUGCAGCCAGUGAUUCGUGUUCGUGAUAAAACGAUUGCGAUGGAAACACUGUUGCCAGCGACAGACUUUCUGAAUUGGAUUUAUCGUUUGAGAAACUGUGACGAUAUACAAGACUCGAUGAAGGAACUAUGGCAUUCCAGCUACAAGUGGGAGUCUUACGAGACGGAAGUAUUUGAGGAUUCUUUAAACAACAGUAGGAUCUCGAUAAAUAUGACUCCUGUGAAGAAACAACUGAACAAAAGUAUCCACCUGGACAAGUUGAUGUUGGAAACGACGCUGAACGAUACAUCCAUGAUGCCUGAUCAACAAGAUGUAAAUGCGUGUCUCACUCAAAUCGAAGUCGCCGCGAAAACGUUGAACAAGCUGUGCCGUCGGUAUCAGAACGACACUAAACCAAUCGUCGAAUCGUUAGCUAAGAUGCAAGAUAUUAUAGAGUGUUUAAAAAAUAUCUUCCAGAGUAAAGAUCCGAGUGAGUGCGAGGAUGUGAGUGCAAGUUCGAUAAAUAGUAAUAACGAUACUGUUAUCGACAUGUUGAACGAUGUAAAGAACCUUUCACGGUUCCAUAGUAAGGAAACAAACGAAUGCAAAGAAAAAGAUACUGUAUCUGUAGAUAGCAUCAAUAAUGACAUAGAUAAGUUAGCAACAAAGGAUAAUGCUGAAAAUUGCAUCAAUAAUGACAUAAUAGAUAAGUUAGCAACAAAGGAUAAUGCUGAAAAUUGCUCAAGUCACAUAUCGCCAAAGAAAUCUAGCAUGCGGAAUAACAUGCUAGAUACGAAAGAUGGAAAUGUUCAAAAGAACGUAAGGUUUACUAAUAAAACCGAAAAUUAAGACUUGAUAAAGUAAGAACGAUAGUUGUUUAAAAUAUUAAUUAUUUUUUUACAGACUUUCACUAUUGCCGUUUUAAAAAUCUGAGAAACGUAUAUAUUAUUAUAUUAAUAAUACAUAUUGCAUUACAGAUUUAGAUUUGUGCAACGCUUCAUUAAAUUUUAUAUUUUAACACAUUUUAUAAAUCAUUUAUUGGAACCGUGCUUUUAUGAAUUUUCAUUAUUAUUUUGAUUAUUAUUGGUUUAUAAGACUUUAAUUUAGCUUGUAUUAAAACAAGACUUUAUUUUACGUAACCGAACUAAAAGACACUUAGUAGCGAACUACUAAAGUAUAAUAAAGAAUGUACACACAAGAUUUUAUUUUAAACGUAUGUUAGGUGUAAGUAUAAUUUGUAAAUUACAAACUCUACUUUUCUCGUAAUUUCUAAGAAAGUAGUAUCUGUAACUUAAGAAUAUUAUAUUGCAAAUUGUAUAAUAUGCAUGUGAACUUAAAAGUAAUCUAACGAUAGACUUUUUAGAUUAAUGAUAGAUUAUAAUAUUAUAACUUAUAUGUCAAUGAUUAA